AUGAAAGUAGCUGGUGUGAUCUCACCGACGCUGUCAAUCUGGUGGAAGAUUGGCGCAAUUGCAGGCGCCAGUGGCGUAAUGCUUGGUGCUUUUGGAGCUCACGGCCUCAAGAACCGCGUGAAAGACCCACAAAUGCUCAAGAACUGGGAGACAGCAGCUCAGUAUCAGCUAAUCCACUCGUUGGUGCUAUUGGCCACGCCAAUGUGUCGACGACCGGCACUGGUGGGGGGGACUUGUAUCAGUGGGCACGAUGCUGUUUUCAGGGUCUCUUUAUGCAAUGACACUGACGGGAGAGAAAAAACUCGGCAUGCUUACGCCUAUUGGGGGGCGUUGCGAUCGUGGUUGGAUGGCUUGCACUAA